AUGCCUAUUCUCAGACUCAGUUAUUUCUCAUUGCCUGCUCGUCUUAAAGCGUGUUUUGCUUAUCUUUCUUUCUAUCCCAAGGUUGAGCAGAUAAAUUGUGAGUAUUUAGUAUAUCUGUGGAUAGGGGAGGGUUUUAUUCCAGCAGGAGAGGGUCAGUGGGACGUGGCAUGGGAUUGUAUAAAUCAUCUUGCCAAUCUCUGUCUGCUUCAAGUGUGGGACCGAUAUGAGGAUAGACCUGGUUGUAAACUAACCAAUUAUUGUAGAACUCGCGAUUUCUUGCAUGACUUGGCCAUAACCAUAUCAAAACAAAAUAAAUAUAUUUUUUCAGUUGAGGAAGCCUCAUGUAAAGGUGAAAAUGAUGACUGCUAUCGGAUUUUGCUGGGCAUUAAAGAUGUAAAUGAUGCUCAAAUAUCAGAGAGGCAUCCUGUUUCACUCCGCACCCUUUCAUUGUCUCAGAAUUGGUGGAUUACAAGCAUUCCGGGAAACUUGUUUACUGCUAUGAGAGGACUACGUGUUCUCGAUUUGAGCGGGACAGGAAUAGCUAAAUUUCCUCAAAGUCUUGAAAGGAUAAAAUUUCUAAAAGUCUUGAAUUUAAAUGAUACAGAAAUUGAGAAGGUACCAAAGUGUGUGAGACACCUGAAAAGUUUCUUGUUUCUUGCUCUUCCUCAGGGAUGUAUGAAAUUACCAAUAUGGAUAAAUGAAAUUAAAUGUCUUCAGCAUUUAGAGUGCAAGGGUGUUAGACGCAUGCCAAAAGGAAUGUCAAAUAUGAUCGCUUUGAGAACACUGCAUUUACAUUGGUUGGAGCUUUCCAGCGAACACGACGGAUUCAUGAGACCAGAGGAUUUUGUCAAUAUCACUCAGCUACAGGAACUAUGGACUGUAAAAGAAUUGGAGCUUCCGAAGAAAAUGACAACAAUGAAAGAUCUGGAAAGUCUUAUACUAUUGAGGUUUACUACAGGAAGUUGGAUAUGUGAUAUGGCAAAUCUGAGGGAACUUGAGUUAAAGUGUUGUGGUGGUAGUGAUUAG